AUGUUUCGUCCAGUCGGAUCGACAUCCGCCGCCUGCAGAGGAUGGCAAAGCCCCGGGUGGAAGAACCUACACACUUUGACGGUACCCACUCUACCAGCUCGUCCUAGUUGCAUACAAGACAGGUUCGCGAGACCCACAGGCUGCAUGUUCCGUGCUAUCGAGCCUCUAUGUGGACCACUUAAUCAACAGAGGAGAUGUUCAGGCUCAAAAAGGCCGGAUGAUCAAUUGGAAAACUCCUCUCAAAAACCUCAAUCCGGCCCGAAGAAGUCUCCAAUCCUUUCCAAGAUUCCUAUUCCUACUCAUGAGAACAUUUACACCGUUCCCAAUAUCCUCACAUUUUCCCGUCUAGUUGCAGCUCCUUUGGUGGGCUACUUUCUCGUUCAUGAUCAUCAUACAGCUGCGCUAUCAUUAUUUGUCUAUGCUGGUCUCACAGAUCUUGUGGACGGCUAUAUUGCCCGACGGUAUAACCUGCAAACUGUCGUUGGUACCAUUAUUGAUCCAAUGGCCGAUAAACUGUUGAUGACGAUUGGUGUUGCUUGCUUGGCCGUCAAUGGUUCUAUUCCUGUAUGGCUUGCGGUAAUCAUCCUCGGUCGUGAUGUUGGUCUUGCCUUGUCCGCAAUUUACUAUCGCUGGAUAUCUCUCCCCCCACCAAAGACCAUGGCACGAUACUGGGAUUUCUCCCUCCCCUCCGCAGAGGUCAAGCCGACGGGCAUCUCCAAAGUCAACACAGCUUUGCAGCUUGUGCUUGUGGGCUCUGCGAUCGCAUUGCCUGUGAUUCCAGAAGCAUUCCUGGACGCAUGGAAUCUCCGAGAAGGAAUGACGGCGUUGCAGUACCUCGUUGCAGCCACUACGAUCUGGUCUGGGCUCAGUUACGUCUUUUCCAAAGACGCAGUAAAGAUCCUCACUAAGGAGGAAAUACAAAAGCGCCUUGCAAGAGCCAGCGGAAAGAAGUGA